AGGGGGACGCGGCGGAAGGUUUCUGCGGGCAGCUGCAGCCACCGCAGCCGCCUCAGGAGGCAGGGGAAAAGGCGGACGCUUCGCUAGCUGCUGAGGUGAAGAGGCGACGCCCGAGCGAGGAAGAAGCGGAGGGGGCCGCGCUGCUAGCAGAAGCGGAGGCGGCGCUAGGCGACGACCCGUCCCCAGCCGCAGGUCUGUCGCCGGGUUUCUCUCCCUCGAGCUGGUGGCGGUGGUGGCAGCGACUGCGGCGGCGGCUCUUCGUCUCCUCUUGGCCCUCGGCGCCGCCGCUGGGGACCCAGUGCUGCCCCUGCGCGCCAGCCCGCUCCAUCGCGCUCUGUUGUCAUGGAGGAGCCAAAAUGGCGGCCUUGGCCUACACCCUGGGCAAGCGGGAGAUCAACCACUAUUUCAGCGUGAGGAGCGCCAAGGCGCUAGCGCUGGGCGCCGUCCUGCUGCUUGCAGCCUGCCACGCCGUUUCCCGCCGGUACCAAGGAGAUGACUCCUGUGAGUACCUUCUUUCCAGUGGAAGAUUUCUUGGGGAGAAGCUAUGGCAGCCUCACAGCUGUAUGAUGCAUAAAUAUAAAUCUAGUGAAACAAAAGACUGCCUUGCAGACAAACACAUUACGUUUAUAGGUGACUCUAGAAUUCGUCAGCUCUUUUACUCCUUUGUAAAACUCAUAAAUCCCCUAAUUAAGGAGGAGGGAAACAAGCAUGGCAACAUUCCUUUUGAAGAUAAGUCUUCAUCCCUCAAAGUGGAUUUUCUGUGGUAUCCGGAAGUCAAUGGCUCCAUGAAGCAACGGAUCAAGUCAUGGAUUGAGGGGUCCUCUCCAAAGCCUCACAUAAUUAUAGCAGGAGCUGCUACGUGGUCUAUCAAAAUUCAUAAUGGCAGCAAUGAAGCCCUCACACAGUAUAAAAUCAAUAUCACAUCGAUUGCACCUUUACUGGAGAAACUGGCAAAAAGCAGCGAUGUCUACUGGGUCUUACAAGAUCCGGUUUAUGAAGAUAUGUUGAGUGAAAGCAGGAAAAUGAUCACUAAUGAGAAAAUAGAUGCCUACAAUGAAGCAGCAGUCACCAUUCUGAAUAGCAGCUCAAAAAAUUCAAAGGCUAAAGUGAAAGUAUUCAGCGCAUCUAGGUUGAUAGCAGAAGAAACUAUAAUGCAGUCCUUAGAUGGUUUACAUCUUCCUGAAUCAAGUAGAGAAAUGAGUGCAAUGAUUCUCAUGAACGUCUACUGCAACAAGGUUAUGAAGCCCAUUGAUGGUUCCUGUUGCCAGCCUCGACCUCCUGUCACUUUGAUACAGAAGCUGGCUUUUUGCUUUUUUGGUGCAUCUGCAGUUGGAUAUUUGAUUUUGGUCCUUAUUCGUCGUAAUAAUCACCGGAAGAACAAGCCAUGCACUGAUAUGGAAAGUGGAGAAGAGAAAAAACCUGCCACAAAUACUUCAUCAGUUUCUACUCUGGAGACACUUCUGCUGUGCUUGUGCAAGCUUGGCUUGAUUAUGGCCUACUUCUACCUGUGUGACAGAGCCAAUCUGUUUAUGAAAGAAAACAAGUUCUACACUCACUCAUCCUUCUUCAUACCCAUAAUUUACAUAUUGGUGUUAGGGGUAUUUUAUACUGAAAACACUAAAGAGACUAAAGUGUUAAAUAGGGAGCAAACAGAUGAAUGGAAAGGCUGGAUGCAGCUUGUAAUUUUGAUCUAUCAUAUCUCUGGAGCAAGCACUUUUUUGCCUGUUUACAUGCACAUCCGAGUACUGGUUGCUGCCUAUCUGUUCCAAACAGGCUAUGGACAUUUUUCAUACUUCUGGAUUAAAGGAGAUUUUGGCAUUUACAGAGUGUUUCAGGUCUUAUUUCGGCUGAACUUCCUAGUUGUGGUGCUGUGCAUAGUGAUGGAUCGGUCUUACCAGUUCUAUUAUUUUGUUCCUCUGGUCACUGUCUGGUUUAUGAUUAUAUAUGUUACAUUAGCUCUGUGGCCUCAGAUAGUCCAGAAGAAAGCCAAUGGAAAUUGCUUCUGGCAUUUUGGUUUACUGCUGAAACUAGCUUCCCUGUUCACUUGUAUAUAUUUUCUAUCAUGUUCUCAGGGUGCAUUUGAGAAAUUUUUUUCUCUUUGGCCAUUGUCCAAAGGUUUUGAAUUAAAUGGGAGUGUCUAUGAAUGGUGGUUUAGGUGGAAACUAGAUCGAUAUGUUGUUUUCCAUGGGAUGUUGUUUGCUUUUAUUUAUUUAACGUUUCAGAAACGGCAGGUCCUAUCAGAAGGAAAGGGAGAGCUGCUCUUUCCCAGCAAAGUUUCGAAUGUGUUGUUAUUUAUUUCAGUAGUCUCUUUUUUGACAUAUUCUAUCUGGGCGAGCAGCUGUAAAAACAAAACUGAAUGCAAUGAAAUGCAUCCUUCUGUUUCAGUUGUGCAGAUAUUAGCUUUUAUCCUUAUAAGGAAUAUACCUGGCUAUGCUCGUUCUGUGUACAGUUCAUUUUUUGCCUGGUUUGGCAGAAUUUCUCUUGAGCUCUUCAUCUGCCAAUACCACAUUUGGUUAGCGGCCGACACCAAGGGGAUCUUGGUUCUUGUGCCAGGAAAUCCCAUGCUCAACAUUAUUAUCAGCACUUUUAUAUUUGUAUGUGCAGCACAUGAAAUUUCUCAAAUCACAAAUGAUCUUGCACAGAUCGUAGUUCCAAAAGAUAAUGCGGUUCUGCUGAAAAGACUGCUAUGCAUAGGUGGAUUUUUUUCAGGACUUCUCUUUUUAUCAGCAAUUGAAGAACAAUUAAGGCAUUAACUUCCAUGAAAUUCUUAAAAGUUUAACUUCAGGCUUACUUUGUGUCUGUCUAAGCCAAACGAAGAAUUAGCGGAAUUAACCAGCACACACACACACAAAGUCAAAAUGAAGUCUACUGAACAUGUAUGAAGUGGAAAUGUCACCAUUUUUGUGGUCAUCUCCAUCUGUUAAGGAAUAUGGACAAUCAGGCACUGUGUACAACUGCAUGUGAAAAAAUACACCUUUUUUACUGGAGCAUUAUUUCUGUUUACAGUGGUCUAAAGAUGGAGGAAGGCUUGGUUAGCCAAGCCAUUUGGUGACUGUUGCAUUCAUUUUACCUUGUGGCAUUAUCAAGUUGUUAAAUAAUUAGUAGCAUACUGCAGUUAAUGUAUUUGUAUGUUUCAAGGAUCUGCUUCUGCUGCAACCCGACCCUGCAACUGUAAUAGGGCCAUCCUAAAUGGAAUUCCUCUUCUUAGUCCAUUGAAGCCAAAGGGCUUAGGAGGAUGUCAUUCUGCCUAGGAUGAUACGUAAGUUCCAGCCAUUGUAUAGCUUAUUUAAAGAGGGCACAAGGCUUAAAUGCUACAGCCUGUCCUUAGGACUUUAGCAUUGAUCCAUGAUCCAUUUUUUCUUACAAUAAUAGGGGGUAUUCUGAAUUCAGAAAAUAAUGACAAUUACUUUACACAUAGCUAUUACAUACCAAGGAAACCCUUUUAACGCUUUCAGGGUGUGUAUGCAGCUGACAUUAAUAUAAUCUUAAAAUUCAUGUUUACAAAUUAUAUUAUCAGCAUUUCAGUGAAGGCAGUUUUCAGUAAUUUUGCUGUUUCUUUAGAAUGCCUGAGCAGUCUUAUUCUGAUAUUUCUAAAACUGUUUUAUUUUUUCAUCAAUGUUUUCUGCUUCUGGAAUGAAUUCUAAGCAUCAUGAUGUCAGAAGUUCAGUAAAAAUGAAAAGCCCCCUGCUGCUUUCAUAUCUUUUCUUAUUCUUAUCUCCUGCCAUAAUAUAUUCACUUGUAUAGAAAAAAUGAGUGCAGUUCAAAUCCCCUCCUCUUGGACCACACUGAAAACAAUUUCCAGUAGGUCUCUCUAUAGGAACUCUAAAUGUAUUUAUUAUAAGCUCUUCAGUGAAGAGAUCAAGCAUCUACCAAUGACUAUCAUGCAGCUUGUAUAAACACUGGGUUGGCUCCAAAGAUCCAUUCAUGAUGGUCAGAUUUUUCCCUGCUUUGUUUUCCUACCAGCUGCCCCUUCUGACCCUGGGAAAUGUUGAUUCCUAGUGUUGCAGGAGUCACAUGGAGUAAUAGCCACAUGGGUUAGUGUUAUGCAGUAAGGAGAUGGAAGGGGGUAAAACUCUACCUCUUCCAUCAAUGGGACAAGGCAAGGAAAUAAUUUUGUCCCCUUCUUGCAGGUUCUGAGACCCUGUGAAGCACUGACUUUGGGGUCAAAAAGGACUGUUGAGAGAAGGGGAAAGCAAGGAGGAUCUGCAAUCUUUGUGUGCGAGCACAUUGCUAGAUGUAAUCCACUGUAAUUAUAAUUUGUUCUUUUCAUUUUGGCAGAUGUAUUUAUCUCAGUGCUUAUAAUCCAAGUCCUUUCAAAAUUAUGAAGAGCAACCCAGAUCCAACUGCUUUGAAAGGAGGGGGAAAUAACCAUAUCUAAAAUAUGACCUGAAUAUGCUUCACUCCUCAGUGCUUUAAAAGGGCUGUAAAAAUUCACCCUACGUUAAAAAAGCACCCUAAAAAAAGGACAGAAAUUGAAUUCUGUGGUCUGAAUAGAUAAACAGCUACAGGUAAUGGGUGGUAGAGGAAAGUUGUUUAUGGUACAAUUAUCUCUGUACUACUCUGUAGAAUUAUCUCAGUCUCUUCUUUCUCUUUACUAUUUUAUAUGAAAACAGUUCAGAUGGAGGCAAACUACAAUUUAAAUUUUGCAGAUUUAAUUCAACACUGAUUCCUUGUCUUAUUAAAAUAAUUCCAGACUCUUUUGCUUAGGAACAGGAGGCCAUUUAUACAAAUAAUAAUAAUUGUACAUAGCAUCCUCAGAAGUUUCAGAUAAAUCGUACCUCGGUUACAAUCCAAAGUUUUCUUUUCAGAAGCUGCUAUUUUAACACUGUAGGGAAACUAGAUGAGACACUAGGAGAUUCAUGACUGUAUCUUCCUGGACAAUGUUUUAAAGCUAAAUGGCAGUUGUUUGCAGCUCCAGUUCAUAUUGGGGCGUGUGUGUGUGUCAGGAGGGGUGGGGGAUGAUCCAUUUACUCUGCAGUUUUACCCAAACUACCCUCCCUGUGCUUUUAGACUUGGAAGGGGAUAAAAGACAGCUCAACUCCUUCCCCCUCCACACACACCUUUCCAGGGCAUGUUGUGGAGGAAGGCUGUUUUGAUCAUCCAAACUGCAGAGAUGUCCUAUGCAGCCUCAAUAUAUUUUUUUAAAAAACAAAAACAGGAAAGAUCUGGUGAUGUAUCUCCUAGUGCUUCAUCUGGUUUAACCUUUAGACUGUUCUUUGAGCAAUGCCAUGUUCCAAAAGCAGUUUGGGUUUAGUGGUACAAUGUUUAUUGGAGGGAAAUAAUGUGCCUACCCCUGUGCUAUUUUCAUUCUUUAAAAAGCUGUUGUGCCCAAUCAUACCAUCCAAACAGCAUAUUGAUGUGCUGUGAUCACUUUUGUAAACAAAAGAAAAAUACUGUAUCUGUAGGCCUAGGAGUUAUUCACGUAUUCUUUCAUGACAUGACCUCAGACAUCAGCAACUUGUCCCUGCUAUUCUGGUUUGCUUACUGUUUUAGCACUUGAAUAAAUAGACAGUAUUUCUUUUCUACACACAUGUGCAAUUAUAUGUAAUGAUAAAAGUGGCUUUUUAAUUUAUAGAAACUAUACACCUCUCAGUGGGAGUUCUGGAAUCACAUUGUAAAUGGCCAUACUGAAUUAUAAUUAGUGGGAGACAAUUCCACUGAAGCACAAUGGGUCCCAGAUUUCUUUCAUUUAAUGCUUGUUGAAUUACUUUGCUGGGUACAUUGAAUAGUAAAAAAAAAUCCCUACAGUGUGCAAGUUCUAUAUUUUUUUUGAGUUUUUUUCUUUCCAAUGGGUUAUACUUUGCCACUAAUCAGUACAUUUGAUUCAUUUCAGUUAACCACUGUAUGGAGGCUUGGCAAGUCAUGGGUUGCAUUUACAGAUACCAUGCAUAACAUUUUUAAGAGAACUAUUGUUAGGUGUUGGAAUUUUUUUUAAUGUUUAUAAACCAAGUAUUGUAGAUAUUUUAUUUAUAUGUUGUACAGAUUUGUUUAAAGAUUAUUUUUGUUGGAAAUGUUGCACUUGUUUGCUAUUACUGUAUGUGGGAUAAAAUAUAUUUUCUUUUAAAGUUAUGUAAAAAAUAUGAAGUAAUUUAAACAUCAAAUAAAUGUGCUGUGGGUGCU